GGCACCGCUUCCCUGUCCCAUACGCCUGUGACGCAUUCGGAGCAUUGGAGGGUUGCUGCCAAGAUCCAGGACAGGACAGGUCCCAGUACGAGCACGAGGCUCUGUCCCACAUCCUGGAGGCGAUGGCGCGCGUGGAACAGCUCGACGUUCCGAGUCUUCGGUCGGGAGAGCUGGUUGCGCGUAGGCCCAAGCUCAUCGAUGGUGCGCAUGCCCACAGUGGGGCAGGCGGUGCUGCAGAUUGCAGUGUGGCCGAUCACUACAUGGGCCGGUCUACACGCAGACUGGGCGUCCUCAUAGCCCCUGAGUUUCGCCAGCCCGUCGCCGACAGCCUGCGAGGCGAGGCUCAGGUCGCCGAGGAGGCGAGGAAGGCGAAGGAGGAGCAGUGGCUGCGCAGGAGGUCGGCUCGACGCUGCGGGGUAGAGCAGGGGGUCAACGAGGCGCUCGCCGCUUUGAACGAGAUGAGCUGCGCGGAGGAGGGGCCGGAGACCCUUCGGCCGUCACUGGCGCAGCGCGUCUCGCAGGAGGCCUUGCUCGGGCUUGCCCCCUCGCCGCCGUCGCCGACGCAUGCGCGCAGCCGCCGCGGGGCCGUCCAAGAGCUCCUGGCCAACGUGGUCGACUAUGCCGGCAUCGACCAGGGCGCCGCAGUGAGGCCGCGCAAGCGCUCUCUGGUGUCGACCCCAGCGGUUGGGGAAAGCUCUGCUCCACUGACCUCGGCGGCCGGUGAAACGGAGAAGGAGUGGCUACGGCGGCCAGCAGAGACCGCGCCGGCAUAUUCUGACGACGCGGGCUGGAGGUCGGAGAAGAUGAGCGCUAUCAAGCCUUGCAUGGGCGCUGCGUUGCGCCCGCAGAGCU